AAUACUGAGUCGUUGUAUUUCAUAUAAUUUUACUUUCUUCUAUUUCUUUCCUUUUCCUUACAAAGUGGCUUCCCCUGCUGGAGCCAUCUGGUUUAUGGUCUUCGACUGUCUCCAGCGGGGUUUGCUUCUUGGCUUACAAUAAUAAUAAUUAUUAUCAAGGAUUCUAGAGUGUCUUCUCUAGACUCCUUGGCCACUACCAUACUCCGCAAUGUACUUGUGCGAGACUGCAAGCUUUGUGCGCGUGGUGAAGGGCCUUCUGCCCGCUGAGGGGGAGCUGGAGGCGCCGACCACGGCCUUCCCCUUCCUCAAGCUGUUCCGGCGAUACAGCAUCAACAGAGUGAACUUGCCCCAGCACCUGGCUGACGGCAACCACGAGAAGGAGGAGACAUUUGUGAACAACAAUACAAUACAGAAGGCAGAGGAGGAGGAGGAGCAGGAGGAGAAGGUGAGCCUGAAGGAACAAGACGAGCUGUCUUGGUUCCCCGAGUUGCACGAACUGGAAGAAACACUGGACCCAUCUAGGGACGGGGAGCAACUCACACAGCAGGAGGAGGAGGAGGCAGUGAGCCUCAAGGAACAAAACGAGUUGUCUUUGUUCCUCGAGCUGCAAGAUGUAGCGAAAAGACAGGAGGAGGAAUUGAAGCAAUCAGGGGACGGGAAGGAUAUCAAACAGGAGGAGAAGGAGGAGGAAGGAAAGAGCCGCAAAGAGCAGGGCGAGUUAGCGUCCUUCCUCGAACUGAUGGAAAUUGUGAGGAGACAAGAGGAGUUGCUGAAGCAACCUGAGGACGGGGAGAAAAUCAAAGAGAAGGAGAAGGAUGAGAAGAACAUGGAGGAGGAGGAAGGAGUAAACCUCAAUGAACAAGACGAGUUGUCUUUGUUCCUCGAGCUGCAGGAACUUGUGAAGAGACAAGAGGAGAUGCUGAAGCAACCUGAGGACGAGAAACAAAUAAAAGAGGAGAAGAAAAGUAAUAACACAGAGGAGGAAAAGGAGGAGGAGGGAGGGAGCCUCAAGGAACAAGACGAGCUGGCUUUGUUCCUGGAGCUGCAGGAGAUGGUAAAGGCACAGGAAAAAGCACUAGAACAGCUGAAGGGUGUGGAGGUCAUCAAACAGAAGUCCCGCAAGAGAGUGACGUUCUCCCUGGACAACGUGGACUUCCCCGUCAAGGAGCGGGAGCUGUACAAUGGGCGGGAGUACUUCAAGUACCGCCGCCGCCUCCUGACACUGCGCCCCGAGUUGGGCCGUGAAGAAAUGACCGCCCCGGCCCCCCGCCCAUCCCGCAUCCCCGUGCCCCGCCCCGCCAGGACGGCCUCGUCGGGGAACCCACCCCAGCCUCGCCUCCUUGAACCACUCCACACCCCCAUAACCACCCCGCCCCGCCGCCCAUCCCGCAUUCCCAUGCCCCGCCCCGCCAGGACAGCCUCCCAACCUCCCUUCCAUAACCCACUCCACACCCUUACAACCAUCACUAAUCGUCCCCGCCCCGCACCCCCAUCCCCUAACACACACAAGCCCACUUCUAGUCUGCCAUCCAAGACUAACACCCCGCCCUCCGCCCUCCCGUCCCCCCCCACCCCUCCUGCUCUCAGCGAAGAGUAAGGUGUUUAGCAGACAUGGAGGCUGG